AUGGUUCAUAAAGUUGAUACACUCCAAGAACUCAAGGACAAGAUUAAGAAUCACAGUGGUCUCGUAGUGAUUGAUUUCUUUGCUGAAUGGUGUGGACCUUGCAAGAGAAUUGCUCCAAAGAUUGAAGAAUGGGCCAAGAAAUAUGAAUCUGUCUUGUUCUUGAAGGUUGAUGUGGAUGUUAAUGAUGAAGCUGCUUCUGAGUAUGCUGUUGAAGCCAUGCCAACAUUUGUUUUUGUGAAGAACGGAUCAAAGAUUGAAACUGUGGUUGGAGCCAAUGAAUCUGCUCUUCUCAACUUGAUCGAAAAGAACAAGUAA